GCCUCCUCCCCACCGACUUCCUUUGAUUAACCCUGUGGACUCUGGCUCCUGUUUCGCCUUGAACUUCAAUAUGUGUCAUGUCAUCGUGACCUGUCGCUCGAUGCUCUGGACCCUCCUGAGUAUUGUGGUGGCGUUUGCCGAGCUCAUCGCCUUCAUGAGUGCAGACUGGCUGGUCGGGAAGGCCAGGAGCCGCAGUGGCGUGGCUGGGGGUCCCUCGGAGCCACCGCACCCCACCCUGGGCAUCUACGCACGCUGCAUCCGCAACCCCGGGGUGCAGCACCUGCAGCGGGACACACUGUGUGGGCCCUACGCCGAGAGCUUCAGUGAGAUCGCCAGCGGCUUCUGGCAGGCCACCGCCAUCUUCCUGGCCAUGGGCAUCUUCAUCCUCUGCACGGUGGCCUUGGUUUCCGUCUUCACCAUGUGUGUGCAGAGCAUCAUGAAGAAGAGCAUCUUCAACGUCUGCGGGCUGCUGCAAGGAAUCGCAGCCUCGCAGCUCCCCAAAGAAGAAAGCAUGGGGAAGACAGACUCCCCCAUCCGUGCUCAGGGGCCACAUCCGCAAGGGAUGCCUGGCAGCCUCCUUAUCUCCUGUCGGAGGUCUACACCAUGCAGUCCACACCAGGAUAAAUGGCAGCUGCGCCCUUCGCCUGUGGCCGAGAAGGUUCUCAAGCCGUGUACGCAGCAGCCGGCCUGCUUCCCUUCUGCUGGCCAGCCUCGGCAAGGACAGUGCAGCUGUGAGCGUCCGUCUUCUCCCCCACACCUCUCAGCCUGGAUCCUUCCACCCUGAAACAAAUAGCGAGAGAGGAGGCUGCUGCCAGAGCAGCAAAAGCUUUUAGAAAUGGACUCAGGCUGUGUUCGUUCUAUCAACUUGUAUUUUGGCAAAAGAAACAUUUUUUAAAAUGUGACUGGAUGAAAAAUAGAAGCAUACUUCUUCACUAUACUUAAUUUUAAAGGAUGUAGGCCACAGGUUUGUAUAGCCUUGUCUAUUAAAAAACACUGUAAAUCAUCAAAA